AUGACUGGUGUUAUUGCAAAAACAUCUAUCUUUAUCUCUUUAUUUACUGGUUUUAUCUUAACAUGCAUUGGAUUAUAUUAUAUGCUUACUGGACAAGGAUCGAGAGUAGAUGUUAGAUGGUUUCUUGAAAGUACAUCACCCAGUAUGUGGGCAGGUUUGGGAGUAGGAGCUUCCCUCUCUCUUUCAGUUAUUGGUGCUGGAUGGGGAAUUUUUACAACAGGAUCAUCAAUUCUUGGUGGUGGUGUAAAAGCUCCAAGAAUAAGAACAAAAAAUCUUGUUUCAAUUAUUUUUUGUGAAGCUGUCGCCAUUUUUGGUAUAAUUAUGGCUUUUGUAUUUGUUGGAAAAUUACAUUCAUUUGAUCCAUCCACAGCUACAAGAGAAAUUUAUGCAAGAAAUCUUUUAUCUGGUUAUCUUAUUUUUGGUGGUGGAUUAACUGUUGGUUUUUCAAAUCUUGUCUGUGGUAUUGCUGUUGGUAUUGUAGGAUCUGGGGCAGCUUUGGCUGAUGCUGCCAAUCCAUCUUUAUUUGUAAAAAUUCUUAUUAUUGAAAUUUUUGCUUCUGCUAUUGGUCUUUUUGGAAUGAUUAUUGGUAUUGUCCAGACGAACAAAGCUCAAAUGGGUAAUAAUUGA